GUCAUAUAAUUUCCGCCGCGUUCAAGGGCAUCGGAUCUUGAAGUUAGCUAUUAGCCGCAUCCCUGAGCUCCACACGUGUAAAGGCGCAACUACCACCGUGUUGGGUUUUAUCACAAGACAUAGGUAGCAAUGGACGGGUUCGGCUCCUCUGACUUCUCUGCUGGAGGUUCGGGAGGUAAAAUGGACGCGGGGACGAUUAUGGAGCAAGUCAAAGUUCAAAUCGCGGUGGCUAACGCUCAGGAGCUGCUGCAGAGAAUGACAGACAAGUGCUUCAAGAAGUGUAUAGGGAAACCUGGAACCUCGCUGGACAACUCAGAGCAGAAGUGCAUUGCGAUGUGUAUGGACCGCUACAUGGACGCCUGGAAUACUGUGUCGCGCACGUAUAACUCCAGACUACAGAGGGAAAGGGCUCGCAUGUAAACGUUCACCCUGCUGCCAUGAUUACUGUUGCGCCAGGAACCACGUCCACUGUCAGAGGCUGAAACGUGUGCGGAGCUUUCUGCGCGUUCUGCAGCUGACCUCAUCAUACCUCACACAGGAAUAGAGCUCAGGACAAGAUCCAUGAGUAUCACACUGAUCCGUUAUAUCCUCUUCUCUGGGACAGUUUGGUAAUGAAAGGAAAUGUUUCCUUUUAUGUUGAAAUGUGUCAUCGCUAGUGAAACAAGCUGAUCGGAAAAUGCAAAUAUUAGAAGUUGCGGGAUGUUAAGCAGAUGAAGACGGUGGAACCCAAGCCGCUUGGAGAAAUAAUGGUCUUUAAUGAAACAUUGUCGGUCAUUUCCUCAUGCUCAUAUGUUUAAUCGAGUAUGUGAUGUCGCUGCCCUUUUAAGAGAUUAUUGACUACACCCUUGGACAAUUACACUUUCCUGGUCAAGAAUCUGCCGGAACAGCAGCCAGUCUUCCAGUUGUUCUCACAAAAGUUGAAAUAAAUCAAAGCAGAAGCGGGAACAAAACGGUUCUGUCUCAGCUGUUUUUAAGGCGUCAUUCUAUCUGCGGCGCUCCACAGUGGUCUGCUUGUGCUGGAGACGGACCCCCCGGACCUGCCUCUGCCUGUGUGUGAGUGGUUUGUCAGAUGCUAUAAGAGAAGUGAGCCAAAAUAUGUGAACAUUCUGUGCUUGUAAUGUACCAGUAAAAAA